GUUUGAUGGUCUGUUACUUAAUCCACUGAGGUCGUUCGUUCUCAAUAUGUGCACCGUCGCUGACAUGAUUGGCGUCGACCAAGCAGCUCCUUGGUGAAACGCCAGUCAACCAUCACAUCAGCAGCUGCACCCAUACUGAUCAACGGCGGCUCACUCGUUAACUCACCCGACUCGCUCAUGCACAUCUCAUUGACUAGGGAUGGAAUGAGCUUUGGUUCACAGACAGACAGACAGACAGACAGACAGACAGGCAGGGCACUACUAGACAGACCGACACAGGCAGAAAGCAGCCAGGGACACACACUGGCCAUGCACAUGAUUGACAGACAGGUGGAUGGGAUGAAUGUACAACUAGACAGACAAAGAUUAUGGCCGGGGCCAAAAGCUAUCUAUCUACCUACGCGGGCGGACAUUACAUGCAUUAGGCACACACAUACACACCACACACACACCACACACACACACGCUGCCGUCCGUUCCUUCUGGCUGCAUCCAUGCCACAUGGACAUGCUGACAUGACCGGGUGGAUGGAUGGGUGGGUGGCUGACCACACACUAACCGCUGCACACACAAACUCUUUAAGACGCGUUGUCCUUCCUUCCUCCCUCCUCUCUCCUCGCCCUAGCGACCCACACACAUACACACUCACUCACAGAUCUACACGUACCUCCCUGGCUACCUUGUCCGGGCCAAUGCAUUGCCCCCGCCCCUCUCUCCCACCCACCCACCCAUCUCAUACACACACACAUCCAUGGGCGGGCUACUCAGUUGCUCUGUCUGUGUCGGUGCGUGCUCCGAGCUUCGACAGGAGCGAGAUGAUCUGCUCGGCGUCCACCGUCUCAGCCUUCUGCGAGGGGGACGACUGGGCCGCCUGGGCUGUGACGGGAGGAGAACCACUGCUCGUACUGCCGCUGGCCUGGUCCCCACUGCUGCUGCUGGUGGUGUUGUUGUUGAGGAACGGCUUGUCCUUCCGCUGAUGCUUCGGGAUCUGACACACAUACACGCACACACAUACUGAGCGUCGAGACAGAUGGGUGGGCAGGGUGUCGGUGGGUUACGAGGUUGAGCUUGGCGGAUGAGGGUGGUGGCGCCACGACCUGUGUGGCCAGCAGAUGGGAGCCCUGGGACUGAUCAAACAAACGGGGAGGCGCUAUCUGCAGCCACACACACACACACACACACGCAUCCAACUAUGCGUCAAAGAUCAUUGAUGUGGGUGGCCCAUUGGGGUAAGGUGUGUGUGGCCGAUGGUUGACCUGUUUGGCGAGGUGUGGCGGUAUGCCGCGUAGGUCGACGCCCGGCUCGGCCGGCGGCAGCUGCAUCGGGGGGUACGCUGUGGGGGCCGUGGUGGGGUCCAUCAUCGGAGGCAUCAUCUGCCCACCGGGCUGACGGCUCAUGGCGCACAGAAGCGCCAACUCCUGACAAAGCAAGUAAACACGCACACGUGUAUGUAUGUGGAUGAGCGCUCAUCGUCGAGGUGUGGUGUGCAUUACCUCCCGGUUGGUGCCCUCAGCGACGGUGCGUGCGAGGUUCUUCCUGAUCUCCCUCUCCAGGGCCGGCGACCAGUCGGCGGGCGACAGCGGCACACCCAUACCCAUGCCCAUACCCAUGCCGCCCGCCUGCUGCGGCAUCAUCAUCAUCCGCCCUGACAUCUGGCCCAUCACAUCCGCCGUCAGGGGCGGGCUGUGGGGGUCCAUCAUGGCGUCCCAUGGCUGCUGCUGCUGCUGCUGCUGGUGUGGGAGCGGCGGGACGGCGGCCAUCAUGGGGACUGAUGAGGUCAUCAUGGUGGUGUUGCCAGGGGCCGCACCCUGCUCCACCCUGAUGGCCUCGUCCGUCGCUGCCCUCGUCUGCGCCGCCUGUGCGUGUGUGAGGGGCGGUGAGGUGAGGGACACCGACCGCUCGCCAAUGGAUCCCUCCUGCGGCUGCCGAUGGCCUGUCGUGGUGGUGUUUGGUGUGAUGGGGUGGUCGUCCCGCUGCUCGGUGGAGCUGCUGCCGCUCGACGACGAACACGGUCCCCCGUCGCUCGACCCAGGGUCAGUCGACGUCAGCAGCGCAGCAGCACGCUGAGUGUCGACGCCCUGAGCACAUACAGUCACAUCCAUCCAGGGUGGAGAUCGGAAUCUUCUACAGGUGGUUGUCCUUUGUGCGAUGGGGUCUGUCUGGCCAGACCUGCGCCUUGAGCGCCUCCAGGCUUUUGUAUACGGUGUCCAUCUGCUGCCGCAGACCUGUACACCACCACACACGUCCAUAGCCAUGCACACAUCACAUGCACCACGCGGCAGUGUCCAUCUCUCACUCUCUUUCGGACCUGCGAGUGCGGCUUCCUGUCUGGCCUUGAACUCCUGGAGGCUCUUCUCGAGGCUCUGCUGCUUCUCCUCCAGCCGGCACUGCUUCUCCUCCAGCGACGCACGAAGCGUACUCAAACCUGCACACACGCACACACACGCGCACACCAACAGAUCCACAGUCCACGUGAGAUGCAUGGAAUUGCUGGCGGAUCUGGCAAGGUGGCGUACUUGCGUGUGCGUCAGGCAUCGAGCCCUCUUUGUGCUCUUCUGCCAUCUCCC